AUAGGCGCCCCCGCCCGGGCCGGCUCAGCGCCGCCGCCCCUCCCCGCCUGCUGGCCGCGCGAUGGCCUCGCUCCGGGCAGAGCGCGCCGGCGGCAGCCCGUGGCUCCCUGCAAUCCGCGCGGGGCGACCAGCGGCGCUCCGCCUCCUCCUCCUGCUGGGCGCUGUCCUGAAGUCCCAGGAGUCCCUGGCUCAGCUUCUUCCCACCCCAGGUAGCAUGGAGUCAGAAGGGAAAACAGUGGAGGAGAUCUAUGAGGCAAAUGUCAAUUUUUGCUGGGAAGAAUAUAAGAUUAAAAUGGACUCUAUCAAAAAGGAUUGGUGCGACUGGGCCAUGAUUAGCAGGCCUUAUAGCAACCUUCAGUAUUGCUUGGAGCAGAAUGCAGAAAUGUUUGAUCUGGGAUUCCCCAAUCCCUGGGCGGAACAGAUCAUCUUUGAGACUCACCAGAUCCACUUUGCCAACUGCUCCCUGGUGCAACCCACCUUCUCAGACCCCCCAGAGGAUGUGCUCUUGGCCAUGAUCAUAGCCCCUAUCUGCCUCAUCCCCUUCCUUGUCACCCUUGUGGUGUGGAGGAGUAAAGACAAUGAAGCCCAGGCCUAGGGUGGCAUGAGCUUUUCUUGGCAGCCUUUUACUCCUUUCCUCCUCCACCACCAGGUCUCUCUCCUCCCGGUCCUAUCUCCUCUUCUCACUUGCCUACCACAGAACCUUGGACUGAUGGAAAUGGAAGCCCGGUGGGGCCAUGGCACAAGUCUGGAAUAUUCCAAAUAAAAUUAUUUUUGGUACCAUCUC